AUGGAUCUUAAUAAUCCUAAUUACGAAAGUGGUUCCUCUCAAAAUAAUCAAAAUUACCGAUCUUCCAAUUCUCCAAAUUUCCAAAUUAAUUUUCCUUCUGAUCCAAAUAACCUUACUAAUCCAAAUGCUCAAAGGAUGUUAUUUUAUAACAUGCCUAACCAACCAAUGCACCUAAACCAACAAUUUGUACAACAAUUCCCAAAUCAAUUUUCAAACCCAAAUUUCCCACAACAAUUCCCAAAUCAAUUUCCAAAUCAAAAUUUUCCACAAAUUCCCCAAAAUUAUCCAUCUGGUUUUAUGUUCCCAAUGUCACAACAAUAUGGUGUAAACCAAAUAAUUCAAAACAGUCCAACAACUCCCGGGGGAGAAAGAAGCAGUAACCUAACCCCACCCGAAGAUCCAAGGGGUUCACAACAAGCUGGUGAUAAUGUUGAUGGUGCUAAUGAUGAUGUUGUUGAAACUCCAUAUGAAAGCAACACCAUUGUGUCGAGAGAAAAAUGGGGUGCAAAAGAAGAUGAUGCACUCAUCUCGGCUUGGAUAGAAUGUGCAGUUGAAGAUCCAGAGACGGCAACGGAUCAAAGUUUGGCUAUAAUGUGGAGAAACAUUAUGGCCUUGUAUGAUCAAGCUAGAGAAGAUAAUCCAUCCAUCAUGCGCCCUAGAAGUUUGAGAUCUAUGAAAAGUCGGUGGGGAAGAAUAAAUAGAGAUGUGAGUACAUGGGUUGGUUGUUAUGGUGAGGCAAUAAAAAGAUAUAAGAGUGGCACCAACACUCAUGAAAUAUAUAGAGGACGUGUAAUGGUGCACGCUUUGGUUUAA